AUGGGUCUCUUCAAUCCCUCCAAAGACCAACAAUACGACCCCAACGCGUAUCGCCCAUCAGCACCUCAACCCGCCUACAUGCAGCAACAACCGCAAUAUGGCCAGCAGCCGCAGAUGGCAUACAGCCAGCAACCUGCUGCAUACGAACACCAAGGGAACCCCGCAUACGAGUACGCGGCGAAGAAAGCGAUGGAGAAGCAGGAAAAGAAGAAGAAGCACAAGGGACGCCGGCCUUGCACCAUGCCGCGACUUUCUACACGCAAGUGCUUUCUGCCUACAGAUGAUGACUCUCACAGACGGCCAUAA